AUGGAAGAGGCAGAGGAGGACAUUGCAGUCAUUAGGAUUGGAUGCUAUUUUCCAGGAGGGUUGGACAGUUUCUGAAAGCUUCUGCUGGAAGGAAAGAACUGUGCAGUCGAUAUUCCAGUUGAGAGGUUUGACACCGCUUUUUGGUUCGAUGCUGAUGAGAACAAACCGGGAAAGACACAGACAACCCAAGCAACUCUUACAGAGGGGUUUGAUGAGUUUGAUUGCAAGUUUUUUGGUGUUUCUGAGGUGGAGGCUGACUACAAAUUCCUUCUGCAGUGUUCAUACACAGCAUUGGAGGAUGCUGGAAUUGCUAUGGAAACCAUCAGCGGGAGCAGAACCGGCGUUUACAUCGGAAUCCACUUCACAAUCAGCUUAUGUCUCAUGAACAGAGAUUACGAGAUGCUCAGAAGUAACAGUCCGAGCACAAUAACCCACUACAACAGCACCGGGUCAGCAAAUAUUGCUGCCAACAGAAUUUCCUUCACCUAUCUCACCGGCCCUUCUUUUGCCAUCGACAGUGCUUGUUCUUCAUCGUUGGUCGCUCUUCAUGUAGCCUGUCAGGCUAUAAAACAAGGUGACUGUGACAUGGCUCUGUGUGGAGGAGUUAAUUGCAUCAUCGAGCCAAGAGUUUUUGUUGCUCUCAGCAAGGCGAAGAUGAUCUCAGCUGACGGGACCAGCAAGCCUUUCUCUCGCACGGCAGAUGGCUAUGGCCGAGGAGAGGGCUGUGGAGUUGUGCUUCUCAAACUUCUGAAAAAAGCCAAAGAGCAUGGCCACAAAAUAUGGGGAAUCAUCAGCAAAACGUCAACCGUCAACCAGGAUGGACACUGUGCCACGCCGAUCACCAAACCAUCCAUGGAUCAACAAAAGGAGCUGCUGAGACAAAUCUACUCAGACUCUGACAUUGCGAAUGUCCAGUACAUUGAAGCGCACGGGACAGGAACUCCAGUUGGGGACCUGACAGAGAUGAGAAGCAUUUCAAAUGCCAUCGCCAAAAACAGAUCUUCUGAUUCAGAGACACUCCUGAUUGGGUCUGUAAAGGGCAACAUCGGACACACGGAAUCUGCAGCUGGAGUGGCCGGACUCAUUAAGGUACUUCUAAUGAUGAAGCAUGAGACUAUUGUUCCCUCAGUUUUCUCCUCAGAAAACAGCACAAGUAUAGAUAUUAAAUCUCUACAUCUAAAUCCAGUUAAAGUUCAAAGGUGGGAGACAAAUGUGUUACAGGGAAGGAUGGCAGGGAUCAACAGCUUUGGGUUUGGUGGUACAAAUGCACAUGUGAUUUUAAGAGAGUGUAAUCACACCACACUUACCACUCAGACACAAAUACAUUGUCCAAAUGUUUUUGUAUUAUCUGCAGAAAGAUCACUAAUCCUUACCAUGACUGACACUCAACAAAGACUCAGGAGUGAUCAAAGAGUUGACACACAGGCACUGUGCUACACCUCAGCCUGUGGAAGAAGUCAUUACAAACACAAAUAUAGGAAAAUCUCAUCCUCCUCUCUGUCCGAGUUAGAACACAAUCUGAGCUCUACACUGAAAACAAAGGUUGAAUCAACAACAUUUAGCAUUCAGGUUGUCUUUGUGUUCUGUGGAAGUGGGGUUGCCUAGGGGAUGUGCAGGCACCUUAUGAGGAAGUUUGCUGUUUUCAGAGAAAAGGUCAGAGAAAUAGAGACUGUCUUCCAGAGAUACAAUACCACUGGUAUCAGUGAAGCACUGGCUGGUGAACCUGAAAACAAGGAUUUCAGGAAGCCAGAUGUGGCGCAGCCUCUUCUUUUUGCCAUGCAGGUUGGCAUUGAAACUCUCCUGAAGCACUGGGGCGUCAAACCCGAUGCAACACUGGGCCACUCUGUUGGUGAGGUUGCCGCCGCUCACUGCUCAGGUCUUUUAUCCCUGGAGGAUGCUGUGAAAGUGCUGCACUACCGCAGUAUUCACCAGAGUAAAGUAUUAGAAGAAAUGCUUGUAGUUGGCAAUGUAGAUGUGAAAAGGAUAGUGGAUAUUCUUCCAGUCUUCUCUGGAAAAGCGUGUAUUGCUGCUUUCAACAGCCCUGUGUCAUGCACUCUUUCAGGGGAUGCAGAGGCUGUAGACGACCUUCAUAAGAGGCUGAAAAGCAUGUUUUCAGAUCAAAAUGUUUUCCUUCAUGUCUUAGAUGUUCCAGCAGCAUAUCACAGCCACAUCAUGGAUCCAGUAAUGGAUGAUAUUAAAAAAGGUAUCAAUGUCUUGGAAGCCAACAACAUGAAGUGUGAACUCUUUUCAACUGUAACUGGAGGAAAGUAUUCAGAUGGUGAUUUUACUUCAGGCAGAUACUGGGUGAAGAACACGAGAGACCCAGUUUUGUUUGAAAAAGCAAUAACAGCUGUCAUCAGAGACAAACCAUCGAGGGGUAAAAUGGUCUUUGUAGAGAUUGGACCUCGUAGAGCUCUUUAUAGAAACAUAUGUGAGACUCUUGGAGCUGACACUGAAGUUCUGUCUUCUGCUGAUUCAAAUGAUUGCAACAUAACCCUCCCAACAGUGGCAAAACUGUUUGAACUUGGAGUUAAUGUUAACUGGCACCAGCUUUACAAGGGUUGUGAGGCAUUGCUCACGCCUCUUCCAGUUUAUCAGUUUGACAACACCAAGAGGAAGCUGAACUUUGAAGCCUUGAGAAAAGGAUUUCAGUACGGGCCGUUAUUCAAACAGCUUGACUGUGUGUGCAUUAGAAGUGAAUUCAAGGAAGCUGUGACUGUGAUUCGAGUCCCUGGUGAACUUCUCAAACAUCUCCAUGAGUAUUAUAUUCACCCUGUGCUACUGGACUAUUUUCCCCAAAUGACUGCUGUGCUAGCAAUGGGAUACAUGACAGCAAAGCAAGGAUUCCCCUCAGGUAUCGGGAGCAUUACCAUCAGGCCUCUGCAGGAGGAAAUGAUCAUAUACAUGAAAGCCACCCAGCAGGGCCCAGAUUACCUGGAUGUGUGUGGUUGCUUUUCGUCCCCACGGGGGGAUGUUUUGGUAGAACUCAAAGGGGUGAGAAUUUCAUUUUUGCGAGGCUCCUCCAAUGUUCCUCAGUCAUUGUUCUUCCAUGAAACAAGUGAAAUAGCUGUGGAGCGACACUUGUAUACUUGCAAAAUGAAGGCAAUUGUGUUUGAGGAUAAUCUUGGCAUUGCUAGAAGACUCAGGCCUCAUGUAUCCCCAGAGUCAAUCUUUGUGGAGAGAAACAAGACGGGAAAGCAGACCAAAUUCGAGAGUUUGUGCUUGAGUCACUUAGAAAAUGUGGAUAUUGAAAACAUCCUUUUCAUUUGGGGUGUGGAGGACCUCAGCCAUCUGUCAUGUGAACAGGUCCUGGAUGGUUUGGUGACUUGCUGCGACAUAUUUUGCCAGACAGUCUUAGGACUGAAAGAGAGCAAGCAUCUUUGUACUGUUCAUGUGAUAACUUACAGAUCUACAGGGAAGACUGCGGACCAUGUUAACUCCGGUUUCGUGCUUUCUGGUAUGUUGAGGGCUUGUGCAGCUGAGAUGCCAAGUAUUGGAACUCAGGGAAGUACUUUGUCUGAUGAAAAGCAAAAUGAAGUUGAUCUGCUGCAGAAGAGGUAUGGGGUCAGAAUCAUGCAUGUCCAGUGUGAUGUGUCUGUGUCAAAGCAGGUAGUUGACGCAAUCUCAAAUAUCAAACGAUGCUUCCUGUCCUGUCUGGUCAAAGGAGUGUUUCAUAGUGCGGCGGUGUUGCAUGAUGCACUGAUUGAAGCUCUUGAUGAGCCUCUCUUCAGAAAGGUGCUGCAGCCCAAAGUCCUUGGUGCACUGAAUCUUCACUAUGCAACACCACUUGAUUUCUUUGUGUGCUUUUCCUCCAUCUCAUCAUUCAUCGGUAAUUGCAGUAAUUAUGCAGCAGCCAAUUCUUUUCUCGACUCAUUCUGUCAUUAUCGGAGAAAUCUUGGACUUGCUGGACAGUCCAUCAACUGGGGUCCUAUGAAUCGGGGUGUAGUCCAUUUACCAUUUACCAAUUUGCUGCUGAAUAAAAGCAAUUUCCAAAAGUUCUUGGAAGCAAAAGGCAUGAUGACAAUGAAUGUUGAGGUUCACGAGACUCUUCAAAAAUGUCUUGUAAUGAACAGACCCCAACAAGUGAUAUGCAAAUUCAACUUUCAGAAUCUUAACAUUCAUGUCCUUUCACAAAAUAAGUCUCUAAGAGAGCAACUGUCAGCUUUAGUAGAGGUGGAACUCAAAUACCAUGUUUGCAAGGAAUCACCAGCUCAUCAUGUGUCUUGUACAUAUGAAAAUGUGAAGGCAAUGGUUAGUCUGAUAACCAAUUUAAGUGUGGAUGAACUGGAUGACUCCACUCUGGGUGCACUGGGGUUUGACUCCAUGUCAGCAAUGACUCUGCAGAACAACAUCUUUCAGGAAACAGGAGUAAAUGUACCUUUGAUUACUAUACUGGACCCAAACAGUACACUGGCCAAGUUGGCAGCAGAUGUAUCAAAGAGUGGAGUAGAUCAACACGGUAACGCUUCCUUUUACAGUACGGUAAUUAGACGGUGCUUAAAGCACUGGAAUGACGAAUGCCAACUUGGUAACGAGGAAUCCCAGAGACCAAUCGCCCUGAAAAGCCUUUGCAGGGCCCAGUACCAACCGCAGUGGAUGCGGAGGCACAAUGGCCAACCUGUAGGACCCGGAAAGGUGCCAGGCCUCAUCCUGAUGGCAACAGCCCAUAGCUCGCCCAGGGACACCCCCUCUAGGGCGACCCAUGGCAUGGACACCACCCUGGUGGAGUGGCAAUACACACCCUCGGGCAGAGGCCGCCCUGCGGCCUAA